GCAGAUGAGUUGACUUCUUACUGCCUAACAUUCCCUGUCAGCAGAUAUUUACCUACAAUGGCCAACAACAUCACACACCUUAAUGUGUCUCUUAAUCAAGCUGAGGAGCAAAUGCUCCAAUCACAAGGCUUCAAGAAAAUCAAUGUAAAUCUGAACAAAGGCGCGUGUGGAAACGUUAUCUAUAUUUGGUACAAAAAAUUAAGCAACUCAGCCCCCAUCACCAGAGUUCAAGUUUCAUUCAAUGAUGAAAUGGCAGUUGGAUUGGCCGAGUCAGGUUACAAGAAGAUCCCUAAAGACCUAAAUGCUGGAGCAAAAGGUAAUCGUCUCUACCUUUGGUACUUCAGAGGCAACUCAAAGUACGAUUCUCCCAUAGUGGACAUUGAUAUCACUACAGAUGCAGCAGGGGAAGCUCACAAGUUUUGCCAUGGCUGGGAGAGACUGGUCUGUGAUCUGAACCGCAAUGUUGGAGGGAGCCGGAUCUAUGGCUGGGUGAAGAGAAAGACGCAAACAUACAUCUGUGAUGUCACUGCCACUGAUUCCUACACGUCAGACAGCGACUACUUUCAGGAUGGUUACAUCCGUAUGGAUGAAGAUACCAAUAGAGGUGCAGGGGGAGCCUUUGUCUUCAUCUGGUACCGCCAGACCACUAACCCCAAGAUUGCACUCACGGAUCUGCAAAUCUCCACCAAUGGCACGGAGUAUCAGGAACUUCAGCAGCAGAAUUACACGGCAGUGAAUGUUAACCUCAACGAGGGGACCGGAGGUAACAAGGUGUACCUGUGGCACACGACAGAGGGAGACAACAAUCCCAUUGAGGGCAGCACCCUGCUUCUCAACCCAGCUGCUGUUCCACUGUAUGAGAAGGCUGGUGCCACUGUCGUCAAAAGAAACAUCAACGCAGGCAAUAAAGGCAGCACUGUGUACCUGUGUGUUAAUAAUGUUAAAGGCUGAGGAAGUUUUUCCACUCACUGAAGUGGGAAAGCACAGUCCAACAAUGUUGCUAAAUCAUUUUGGUGGUGGCCUCUUUAACUAUUUUCUCUUUUUGACAAUAUAUAUAACAAGUUGAUUAAUUCUCUAACAGUUCUACUAAUGGUAAUAUCAGAAAGCAUCAGUGGUUUAUGGGUUCUUCUGUUAAACUUGCUGUCACAUAAUCACAUAAACUAUUUGAAAUGGUUUUUUCUACAGUGAUGUUAAUGAAUGUUUGAUAAAGUUCCGAACUGUGGUCAUUUUCAGGGUUUUACGUUUAUAAUUUUGGGUGUCUACUAGAAAAUGUUUACAAUGUCAAAAUAAGAUCUACACAGUUUCUCAUUGUCAUACAUUUCAAAUGCCUUCUA